AAAAACAAAAAUGUUGGACAUAACGCGAGAUCGACCGGUAAAGGUGGCCGUUAAAGUGGCAGUGCCCGUUAGGGAUCAUCCAAAGUUCAAUUUCGUUGGCAAAUUGCUCGGGCCCAAAGGAAACUCCAUGAAACGUUUACAGGAAGAGACCAUGUGUAAAAUGGCGGUGCUCGGUCGCGGUUCGAUGCGCGAUCGUAAAAAGGAGGAAGAGCUGCGCGGCAGCGGUGACAGUCGUUAUGCACACCUCUUCGAAGAUUUACAUGUGGAGAUUUCAACAUUUGCUGCACCGGCGGAAGCCCAUGCUCGCAUAGCGUAUGCCUUGGCGGAAGUACGAAGAUUUCUGGUGCCGGAUUAUCACGAUGACAUACGACAGGAACAAAUGUGGGAAAUGCAGGCCCUGACCACCUCGACAAAUCCCAAUGGCAAUGGGAGUAUAAAUAACAUAAACAGCGGCAAUUCCAGUGAUCAGGAAUUGGCCUUAAGUCCCAAUCAUCUAAUUGAGGGUGGCAUCACCGACAUGGAUACAUCGAAUGAUGAAAAAUCGGAAGAAUCAACGGGUAUGGAUUGUCUGGCCACGGAGAAGCUGGAAAGAUUAAGGGCACCCAGCAGUAAUGGUAUGGCGGGUAUGGUGACAACAAAUAUUGCAGCGGAUCCAUUGAAGUUGGCAACAAAUGCGGCACCAAUCCAUCAUCCCUGUGCCAUGACCGUAACACUGCAGCAACAAUUAUCGGCCGUGGCCGCAGCCGCCGCUGGCAUGGGUGGCAUUUUAAAACCCAAUCCCGCAGCAAUGACCGGUUUGGCCCCCACCCAGCCCACAACAGGUCUGACAUUACCUCCCACAGACACAGAUCCUACAGCCGCCUCGGCAUUGACUUUUUUAGAGACAUCGGGAACACUGUUACAUCCUGCCCUGAGAAAUGUAAAGGCAAUUAAUAUAGCUGGCAAUCUGACUCGCAAACGCCCUCUGCUGGGCGUGCCACGUUCCAGUAUGAAUCCGACCAAACGCACGGUUAUGACACUAUUAGCUAGAACCAAAAAUGCCCAAGCGCUGCAUGCGGUACGUAAUCCGGUAACAACAACACCCACACCAACUACACAUUUUCCCGAUCCAUUGCAAAUGUUGACAUCGCCGUUUAUAAUACCGCAUCAUCAUCAUCAGGCCAUGGACCAUCAUCAUCAUCAUCAGACAAUGUUGCCAUUGUCUAAGGAGAGUCUGAGUCAAGGUGUUUAA